AUGCCGAGGUUCGAGCCAGUCCCUGAUUCUUAUAAGGAUCUUGAGGGUAAAGUGGUUGUUUUGACUGGAGGUGCCCAUGGCGUUGGAGAGGCCGUCGUUCGUUAUUUGCAUAAUGCUGGUGCUCACACCUUCUUCGGAGACAUCGAUGACAAAGCUUGUCAAUCCGUGGUAGAUACUCUGAAGGCAGCGAAGCUAUCACAAGCCAGUCUAUAUUUCUUGCAUAUUGAUGUUCGGGAAUACGAGGACAAUCUUGCUCUGUUCAAACUAGCAUAUGAGAAGCAUGGGAGGGUAGACCAUGCAUUCUCUAUUGCCGGGGUUACUGAGCGACAGAAUUGGUUUGAACCAGGCUUGAAUCUGCAGAGCGUGGAGAUUGCCCCUUCGACAAUGGUACUGGAUGUCAAUUUGACUGGGCUAUGUUACUUUGCCCGAAUCGCGACGGUAUAUCUCCGGCAGGGAAACGACAAUCACGAACAGGACAAAUCCAUUUGCCUACUUGGAUCUAUCGCAUCGUUUAAAGAGCAAGCCGGUCUCUUCAUAUACCAGCCAAGCAAGCACGGCGUGAUUGGUCUUAUGCGCUCAACACGAAAGAUGCUAUACCAUGAAUACGGCAUCAGAAUCAAUACGAUUUGCCCAUCGCUGAUCAAUACAGGAAUGGCGUCACACAUGUAUGAUCUAUGGACAGGACGAGGUUUGCCGGUAAACGAGGCACAUGAGGUGGCCGAGUAUGUCUUGACCCUAGCGAGCAUACCAAAAAGCCCUUUCGUGGGAACUUUGACAGGACUUGCAGUCUACGUCGAAGGUGGCAACGGCUGGGAAAUUGAAAGGGAUCUGGACAGUGCGGAGGGACACUGGCUAGGUGAAGAGAACACGAAGGCGGUUGCGAGAAUCGAGGAAGCAUUAGGCGUGGGUUUGAGCUGGACGCAAACGAAAUGA